UUUUAUUUAUUUUUUAUUUAUUUUUAUUUAUUUAUUUUUAUUUAUAUUUUUAUUUAUAUUUAUAUUUAUAUUUUAUUAUUCUUAUUCUUAUUUUUAUUUUUUCUUCUUUCUUUUAAUUAUUUCAAAGCAUAAAAUAUCAUGAACUUAGUUAACGGAAAUAAAAGUAAUACUUUAUAUAUUGAAACAGGACCUGAUGAUUAUUAUUACAGUUUACAACGUUAUUCAACGCUUUAUAGAAUACUUUUGGCGCGACCUUAUUUCACAGAAAUCAAGUUUAACACUUGGAAUCGAAUCGACUUGAAACUAGUUAAUGAGCUUGGCUUGACCUUAACAGGCGAUGAAAAGAAACAUUGUAGAAUGGAAAUAGAUUGUCAAUUAUUAGCUGAAAAAGAAGGAACAGUCCAGCUGUCAAAAGAAUGUUCUAUCACGUGUCGUCCAAUACAACACGAUGCUUGGGAAUUUACUAAUGCUUCAGACAUUGCAGGUUUCCAUCAUGAUACAUAUGGUAACUUUGAAUAUAUGAUAACUAUUCAGGAUGAAGGUCUAGCGUUAUCACCACAAAUUACACCAACAAAAUAUUAUAUCCAGAUUCAUCCUGUAUACCAUCCUCAACAAACAAUUAAAGCACUUCCUUUGAUUAUCGGCCCUUUCACUAUUACUGAAACAACUCCAUCCAUGACUACUUUUUUAACUGAAAAUAUUGACAAAGAAUGGAAAGAGCCUAAAACUUCACUAAAUAUAUUUCAUGGAUAUUGUCUACAAGAUAAUUCAUUCUUGAUUGUAAAAGAGGAUUGGAAUAUGGGUACGCCUGGUAAAAUGUGGGAUUCUGCUCUUGUAUUAUCGCAAUUAUUUUGUGAUAAGAUCAAUGCUGAUCCAAACUAUUUAAAUGGUUGUCGAUUAUUAGAUCUUAGCGCAGGGUAAAUACAUAUAUAUGUAUAUGUAUACGUAUAUAUAUGUUACGAUAUAUGUAAAUGUGCAUACAUAUAUUUAUAUAAUCCUUGUGUUAACAUGUAUAUAAUUGACUUUUUUUUUAGAACUGGAUGCGUAGGAUUAUUAAUUGCGUCAAUGUAUAAAAUUAAGCAAAAAGAAAAAAAAAAGAUAAAAAUACCCAAAAUUACAAUGACAGAUUUGG